AAAUUACUAAUUUUGUACACAAAUUUAACAAACCCAUCAUGGCUGCCGAAUGUAGCAUCCCGGUGAUCGAUUAUCUCAAAUUCCCAAAUCAAUCAUCGAAAUUGCUAGUGGCUAGUGAGGAGUGGGGCUGUUUUCGGCUGGUCAACUACCACGAUGUCCUUCCACGGACUCUGAUGUCCGAUAUGAAAACAGUGGUUCGAUCUCUGUUUGAUUUACCAGUGGAGAUCAAGCGGAGGAACGUCGAUGGCAUCGCCUUUAAAGGCUAUAUAGCUCUGACAGCCAAAAAUCCGUUGUAUGAGGCCCUAGGGCUAUAUGACAUGGCGUCGCGUAGUGACGUGGACAACUUUUGCUCUCAAUUGGAUGUGUCCCCCCAACAAAGGGACACAAUUUUAAAAUACUCAGAAGCAAUACAUGAGCUUGUUGUAGGGAUUGGAACAAAAUUAGCUGAAAGUUUAGGGGUGUCAACUGAAAAUAUGGGAAUUGAGAUGUGGCCAUGUAAAUUCAGGAUAAACAAAUACCAUUUCACCCCUGAAAGUGUUGGAUCUCCUGGUGUCCAAAUACACACUGACUCUGGCUUCCUCACCAUCCUCCAAGAUGAUGAAGAUGUUGGUGGUCUAGAAGUCAUGGACAAGUCGGGCGAGUUCGUCCCUGUCGAUCCAUGGCCGAAUACCCUUCUUGUUAACCUCGGCGACAUGGCAAAGGUGUGGAGCAAUGGAAGAUUUCGCAAUGUGAAACAUAGAGUGCAAUGCAAAGAAGCUAAGAUUCGAGUAACCAUUGCAUCGUUCCUUUUGGGGCCUAGAGGGAUGGUGGAAGCUCCAGUGGAACUAGUGGACGAUGAGCAUCCCCGCUUGUAUGUCCCUACCACUUAUGAAGAUUAUAGGAAGACGAUGCUUUCAUUGUCGUUGCAGGCAUGUGAAGCUCUUGCUCUCUUGUACACACCAAAGUGAUAAACCAUUAUGAUUCACUUGAAGCUCUUUCCCUUAAGACGACCAAACCAUUAUAUCAACCAUGGUGAUGCUGCUACUUUGGAAUGGCACGUUUUAGUUUAUUUUGGCAUCAUUGUGCUUAAAUAAGUUUUGUUACGACUUAAAUUACACCAAAUCCGUCUUGGGCGGAACUCAAACCCUUCACAUCAAAGGGAGCAACACAUUAACUCCAAAGACUUUGCAAAUUGAACCCAACCCCCGGCUCCUGUGCUUAAAUUAGUUGAUGUAUUAGUAAUGUGUAAUUUUAGAUGAUUAAUCGUAUUCAAAUAAAUAUUUGUGGGAA